AAAAAAAAAAAAAAAAAAAAAAAACCUGAAUAAGAUGGAAGCUUCUUUCAGCCCAGUUACCCAACACCCGGCACCGGCACGGCCACAGAGGCCACUAGUAAACAGCUGAACUUGUCAAGGCUUGUGAUCUCCGGUCGAGGCUGUGUCAGCUGUAGACUAGCUUGUCAUCGUGUGAGUUGGUAGUGUAGUCGAUUUCGUUGAGGACGGUGGAUGGCAAUUGAUGGCGAUAUCGCCACAGAGAACCACAAGGGAAAUACCACCCACUACCAAAAGUUAUUCGUAGUCCAAGUGGUGAUGGCGGUGGUGGUGGUGUGUUGCUGCAACACACUCUGAGCCACUCAAAAUGACUGGCGAGAUUUCCACUGCUGCUGCUGCUGCGAAUGCGAUUGACAGAAAGACCGCCGCGAUAUUGAAGCUUGGUUUCUUGAGUCGCCAGGGGCUGGUCACAUGUAAUCAGAGUCGAUGGAAUGGUUCGAAGUGGUUCCAAGUCGUCGUGGUCGUCUUGUUGUCUUUGGUAAAUGGAAACUCUUUCACCCGCAAAGUCGGUUGCGGAAAUGCAUUCGAGAUCAAGUACCAGUCAAGCAUGCUCUCGGCCAAUACACAACGACUGGAGGCAGGCAACCUGCAGCGCACCGCGCACCACACCGCGCAUGGCGCAUGGCAACCGACAAUGUCCCUUGUUGACGUGGUACAAGCAAAUUGGCUCUUCGCCCCUGCUUUCGAAGCUCUCAAUCUCUGGGUACCUCUAGUUUUGGGGUUCUCUGCUCUUUAUCGUCUGCCUAUUCUUUAG